ACAGGGAGUCUCUUGCGUGGUCGGGACCCUCUGACAACUGAAGGAAACAUGCGAACUUGUAAGGUUGGCUCACAUUGAGGCAACAUAAGACUCCUGUGCCGGUCAGGGUCUCCAGUACCGAACGGUGUGCCCUCUAACCCCAUUCCAGCAUGGGCCUGUUAGGCCCUACUGGAGUCUAUGUGCCAAUUAUAUUACCACCUGCGACGGGCAGGGAUGUUGUAGCGUUAAUAACGGUUCAUGCGUCGAUCCAGGGUCAACUGCGCUGGUCGGAAGGCCCCCCACGUCAGGAAGCGAACCAAUGUGAUACGAUAGAUCCCUCGAAGGGCCUCUAGAUCGCCCACGGUGUGCCGCCCCGCGUCACCAGAAUGACGGCCGAGAAACACACCGCGGUUGGACAGAAUGGCCCUUCAGCCAUUGACCGUGUACAACAAUGUGUCCGGUGGUCUUGUGCUCAAGAGGGCCAUUUACCGGUUGCAGUUGUGGCCGAAGUGGACGAGGCUCCGCUCAUUCAAGAUGUAAAAACCUUUGAGGAGUUGGUUCGCCUUGAGGUUCAAACGGAGCGUGAAGGCGGCGUGAUGCCGUUGCUGAGGAGAAGUAAGCUGGCACGCACAUCCGGCCCUCGCUGCUGUCGCAAAGAGCGUAUGGUGGAGGGGAAAAGCACAAAGGCGAAAAAGCUGGGAAUGCUCUGGCGUUGCCGCACGUGCAGAAAAACGCUGAGCUUGUUCAAGAAUAGCUUUUUCGAGGGCACGCAUUUGACUGCAUUAGGGCUGCUGAAGGCAGCAUUCCUGUAUGUGCGAAAAUGCAAUGAGAGCAAGAUAAGGGAAAUGAUGUCGGGUUGUCCGUCAGCUCCCGGUCUUGCCAACUUUGUGCAGACGCUUCGGGACAUCAUGUCUAGGGAUCUAGAGUACAAGCUGAUGAAAAAGGGCUUAGGAGGUCCUGGGAAGCCUGUGGUGGUCGACGAAACAGUGCUUACAGCAGCAGAAAAAUAUGGACGGGCUCAAAGCAAUGAGAAGUGUUGGGUGACAGGGAUCUAUGAUGUAGAGGCGAAGGUGGGCAUAUUGCUGUUCAUGAUUGAUUCAUCACGAGAGGAGGGCAUGUCUAAAAUCAUUGGACAAGUGGAGGAGGGAAGUAACGUGUACCUGAAAAAUUACGGCGAGUGCCCGGCUCUUGAAAGUGGAGCCAUCAAAAACGUCAUCGCGAGUAAGAACCUGACUUUCAGUGCGCCAGACGUGGUCAUGAGCAAUACCAUCAAGUGUUAUUUUAGCCGCCUGAAAACUUUCCUGCGGAUAAGGAACUCAAAGAAGCUCAGUCUGGUCCCAAGCUAUCUCGACGAGUUCAUGUGGUGUGAGCGCCAUCGAGGAAGAGAAUGGCGUGGCUUCAUCGAAGCAAUACAGGAUGCCUAUCCUGUGAGAUAGCCAAGCACAAGGUGCUGUCAGACGACGUCCCGCAGACCCGAGUUUCGGCUGGGGCUGCUGUUGGAGCCGACCGGCCGGGACGGACGCCAGCGGGCAGGAGGCGAUCCGGCGCGCCCUCUCCUCGCCAGAGGCCGACGCGCCGCGCGGCAUGGGAUGGCACCCCCCGAUAAACCCGGCACAUUGCCACCAUGAAAUUCCGUGGUUUGUGCGAUGUAUCAGUAACGCGUUGGACUUCUGCACCAGUACUCAGUUCAGGUGAUAGCCCUGCUGCAUGUGGCCGCUAUGGUGCAAGACAUAUUCGUUGCCAAGAUGUAGUUCGAACGCUCUAGGUGUGAUGGACCUGUGACAGUGAGCACAUUAUCUCAGCGCCGCCGUUUCAAAGAGUGCGUGUGUGUACCUGUGUCUGACUGUGACAGGUGGUUAGUUAGCCUUUUUGCGGAGCCAUAAGAAGUUGUUUGCGUUCAACCCUGAGAGGACGAUGUAAGCUGAUUUUCAUGAACAUUGACCUAUAACUCCA